GGAAAACCAUUGAUUGAUGCUGUCUGUCGAGAGUCCAAUCCAAAGGAUAGCAAUGGACUGACUGGACGAAGCGCACAAAUACUGACUGUCGUGUACACCAACCACAAAGCCCACGUGGGCCCCAACCUUUGUCUAUCUGUCUGUCUGUCUCACCGCACACACUACCGCCCGCCCCCUAACAUACACACACUGCCGUCAAGGAGGGACACCCUCCGCUCAUUCGAUGACAUGGCCCAUCCAUCAUCAAUCAGUUCAUUCAGGGUGCGAUGGUGUCGUCACCGCACUCGCUCUAUUCACUCACUGGCCGGGCCGGGUCACGUCACUCCCUCACUCAAACCACCCCCCACCCCCCCAUCCAUCGGUGUGCGCAGUACAUUCAUUCGUGUGUGUCGGUGCUGUGCUACACACAGAUCACAUCACAUCACACCCUGUCAUCGUUCCUGUUGAGGUAAUCAUCGCCGUAGAGCCACUUGCCGAGCCCGCGAGGUUCAUGAGCCCCGAAGAGCGUUACCGACCAGUCGUAGGAACAGAGCAAGCCCACCGCCAUCAUGAACGUCAUUAUCCGCCCAUAAGGCCUGAAGGAAUGAAUGGCACAGACUUACAGGCAUGUAGGUUCGUUCGCUUCAUUCGUGCAGGCGGGCCGUGUGUAGCGUGUGCAGCGUACGUACGAGUGCACGAGUCCGAAGUGUGUCUUGCCGCUGGCCCUGAUCAUGUUGGCUGGCGCAUAUCCCGACGGACCGCGGGUAAGCUUACCCAACCCCAGUCCCAUGGCGAUCGACGGGGGGAAGGAAGCCGGCCGAGCCAGCAAAAGAAUAUACCCACCCAAGAUCCCCCGUGCGCCCCCUCCUGUGGCGAAAUUGACGGGUGGAG